UCGGAUUUGCAACCCAGACUCGAGACGUACCAUAACUGGCCUGUUCGUGGUUUAUCGCCAAAAGAACUAGCAGAAAGUGGGUUCGUAUACAGGGGAUUAGGUACUAGGACAGUUUGUUUUCAGUGCGGUAUACCUUUAAAUGAGUGGCAAUCCCACGACGAUGCGGACAUUGAGCAUGCACGGUUCAGCCCUGAGUGCACAUUCAUAAGACAAAAGAAAGGAAAGGGGUUUAUUAAGGCGACACUUCAAAUGUACGAACUGCCCAUUCCGGCAUCGAUUGAGGCAAGGGACAGGUCGGUAGAGAGCACUGCAACGGGAUACACACGGUUGGAGCGGAAUGAGUACUCUGGCAAUAAAAACGAACAACAGCAACAACAACAAUUUGAACCAAGACGGACACCGGUUGUUCAUUUGCCGCCACCGCCGCGGCCAAGGGCGGAAGCGUCAACACCGAGGCGAAGGCCCAUGGGAGUUGCGGAACCGAGGCAAAUCAGGGCAAGAUUGGACAGUGAUUGGGGAAAGCGGUUACUACAACAAGGGUUCCCCCGCGAACUGGUAGGGCAAGUUUUCGGGGAGAGACUGCAACUUGAAGGGGACGAUUUCCCUUCGUUCCGGGAACUUCUCUUCGCUGUUUACGCCGCGGCAGACUUGCUGGGAAUAACAGUAUCAUCGGGCAGUGCGACAAGCAUUCCACCACCAGCGCCACCUCCGGAAAAUCCAUACCUUCAGUGGGAGGGAAACCAAGAGGCAUCGUCACAAGAAAUUCCGAGACCCUUUCAGCAAAAUUUUGACAUCAGUCAGGGGCUAAACCAAGGGGCUAAUCAAUACAGACCGGAGCUAAACGUACCGAAAAAGGACCCUGAACUUCAAAGCGCGGUUGAAUUAAACAAAGAUUUGAAGCGGAAACUAUUCUGUCGCCGCUGUUCGAAUAGAGAGGCGAACAUUUUGUUUCUCUGCUGUAAUCGGCGAGUUUGUUGUGAGGAGUGCGCAUAUGACGUCACGUCCUGUUUGGUGUGUGGUUCUCUGGAGCAGGAACGCGUCAAAGUAUUCGCGGCAUGAGCACAACAUUUUUAAAUAUUAUUCAUAUGAAUUUCACCGGUAAAAGUGUUACUUGGAAUUCAUAUUUCCUCGCUAAGGGAUGGAACGAUAAACCUUCCCUUCGCUUUAUGUCUUAUUAUUCUAAUUAUGAGCAGUAUCUUGUUGCAGUCUUUGCAUAUGUAAAGAUUAUUAUUUUCAAAGCUGAAGCUAGACCACGAAAACAUUAUGCUUUGCUAAUUGAUACUGAAGACAAAACAUAUUUAGUAUUACUCAAGAGCUUGAUACAAACAAGGAAUUAAAACGAAAAGUAUCCUGUCGCCGCUGUUCGAAUAGAGAGGCGGACAUUUGUUUUCUUUCCUGCAAUAGGAGAGUGUUUGUUGUGAAGAGUGCGAGUAUGACGUCACUUCCUGUUUGCUUUGUGGUUUUCAUUAAAUUUUUCGCGGCAUAGUUUU